UCUGGCCGAUGUCCGCACUCGAUAAUGAGGCUACUGAAAUAAAACGUAAAAAAAUUUCGCGGCUACGAAGUGGCCAGUUUUUGUAUGCCUUUUGGAACAUACUGGGAUUAUGGCUGUACAACCUGACACCAAUUGCUGUCUAUCUUUACCGCAAAAUUAAAGGAAUGCCAGCUUAUUUGGAUUAUAUAUGGCAUUUGUCUUAUCCCUUUGAUAAAACUAAACCCGUAUAUCACGAGAUUGUCUUUGUCUUUGAGUUGUAUGGAGGAGUUGUUUCCGUCUGGUCAAUGCUUGGGUCGGAUAUAUUAUUUAUGACUAUGUCCAGUCAUAUUAGUAUGCUUCUACAAUUACUACAAUUGAAGAUACGUCGGUUGUCGUUCCAGAACAAUAGUGUGACGAAGAAGAGUAAUGCAGAACAUUACCAAGAUAUUGUUGCUGUUGUUAAAAUACAUCAAAAGCUUAUAAAGUACGGAAAUGAUUUAGAAGAAGCGUUCUCGUUGGUUAAUUUAAUUAACGUUCUUUUGAGCUCCGUCAAUAUUUGCUGCGUUGUUUUUAAUAUCGUACUUCUAGAUCCAUGGAUGGCAAUGAGUAACAAGUUCUUUUUGGGCGCUGCACUGACACAAGUUGGUAUACUCUGUUUGUAUGCAGAUGAUAUUUGUACCUCUAGCGCAGGUGUAGCCGAUGCUGUGUAUGAGAGUGAAUGGUACAAAAGUGACAUUCGGUGCCGCCAAGCUUUACUUAUAUUAAUACAAAGGUCUCAAAAGCCGUUAUAUUUCACCGCAAUGAAAUUCAGUUCGAUUACUAUGAAGACGUACAGUUCUAUUCUCACUACUUCAUAUUCUUAUUUCGCGUUGCUGUACACUGUUUAUCGAAGUAAUUGAAACGUGCACGGCGUGUCCUUUUAUUUGGACAUCCGUUUUAUUGUAAAAGUAAUGAUUGUACACAAAAUUGGAAACUUUUGUCACAUAUUAUAUCGUUUUACCAGCA